AUGAGCGACUGCCGCUCAAGCCACUUCGUCCUCGACCCCGAGCGAAUCCCAGCGCCCUACUGGGAAUUCAACCAGCGCCACGCUUCGGCCACCGGGUGGAUCCGCCGCCAAGACUGCUGGACGUUUGUGUACGUCAAUCUCCGAGGCGAUGAAAAAGAGUACUCGGUGAAUGCGUGGGCAAUGCGCGCUUUCAUUGAGCAUAACAUCACUAUCCAUGAUCCCAACUCGAAGGUGCUCACUCGGCCCGUGGGCUACAACGACUUCGCCCAAUCGUUCAACGACUUUACUGGGUCGGAUCUCCGCUUCAGCUUCUUCGAGAUCGGGACUGAACGCUGGAGCUUCAACACCCAGAACCCGAUCCCCAACUUCACGGACUUCCAGGUCCGCUUGGAGGACCUCUCGACUCUUCCCCCUGGCUUGGUCCUGGUCCCUGUCGAGGAGCGCAAGUUCACGACGACCUCCGCCCUGGAAACGCUUAUGCGGCAGAGCAAGGGCCGCAAGGACGGACAGAACCGACGCGAUUCCAAGCAUCGGGACGAGGAAACGCGCAGAGGUGGCGGCAACGGCGCCGCCCGCUUUGGCAACAUCCAUUCGGCUGCGGCCCGGGAGCGCUUCGCGGAAUACGCGGUCCUCCAGACCAAACGGGACGAAGAGGAUCGGGCGCGUGCGCGCCAGGAGCAUCGGCUUCUGGAGGAACGCCAGCGCAAAGCGACGUCCCAUGCGGGACCGUCGAAUGGAGCGUCGGGCUCCGGAGACAACACUGGUGCCAUGGAGGGCAUGCAGGAUUAG